CUUCCCGACCCCCGCUGCCCCGCCGCCCUACUGGCCGGCGCCCUGGACGCCAUGAAGCAGCUGUGCUUGUGCGCAGCCGCCUCCUUUGCGGACCACCUCCCCUGGCAGCUGCGGCUCAACCCCGCCAACCUCGGCUCCUGCCCGCCCUGUGGCCCCUGCCCCAUCCCGAAGCCAGCAGCCAGAGGCAGGCGCCAGGGGCAGGACUGGGGCAAAAGCGACGAACGGCUGCUGCAGGCCGUGGAGAACAACGACUCGGUCCGGGUCGCCGCGCUCAUCUCCCGAAAGGGGCUGGUGCCCACCAAGCUGGACCCCGAGGGCAAGUCUGCGUUCCACCUGGCAGCCAUGCGUGGUGCCGCCAGCUGUCUGGAGGUGAUGCUGGCACAGGGCGCCAAUGUCAUGAGCACAGAUGGGGCAGGUUACAAUGCUCUCCACCUGGCCGCCAAGUAUGGGCACCCACAGUGUUUGAAGCAACUGCUACAGGCCUCCUGCAUGGUGGACAUCGAGGACAGCAGUGGGUGGACAGCUCUGCAUCACGCAGCGGCCGGUGGCUGUCUCUCCUGCUCAGAGCUCCUGUGCUCCUUCAAGGCGCAUCUGAACCCCCGAGAUCGGUCGGGCGCAACACCCCUCAUCCUGGCAGCGCAGAUGUGCCACACAGAUCUAUGCCGCCUCCUCCUACAGCAGGGGGCUGCUGCGAACGACCAGGACCUGCAGGGCCGGACAGCCCUGAUGCUGGCCUGUGAGGGGGGCAGCCCCGAAACAGUGGAGGUGCUGCUGCAGGGCGGGGCCCAGCCGGGCAUCACCGAUGCGCUGGGCCAGGACGCGGCUCACUACGGAGCGCUGGCAGGGGACAAACUCAUCCUCCACCUCCUGCAGGAGGCGGCCCAUCGCCCCUCCCCACCUAGCGAAGAGGACUCCGGCGAAGCUUCGUCUCAGAACUCCGUGUCCAGCCAUGAAAAGCGAGGGGGUCCCAAGAAGCGGAAGGCGCCCCAGCCUCCCGCCAGCAUCCCUGUGCCGGAUGACCGAGAAGCCUACGAGGAGAUCGUGCGGCUGCGGCAGGAGAGGGGCCGCCUCCUGCAGAAGAUCCGGGGCCUGGAGCAGCACAAAGAACGACGGAAGCAUGAGCCGCAGGAGGCAGAGGCCAGCUCGGUGCACAGCCUGGAGAGACAGGUGCAGGAGCUGCAGCAGCUGCUGGCUGAGAAGCAGGAGGAGAAGGAGAGCCUGGGACGGGAGGUGGAAAGUUUGCAGAGCCGGCUGUCCCUGCUGGAGAGUGAGCGGGAGAACACCAGCUACGAUGUGGCCACGCUGCAGGAUGAGGAGGGAGAGCUGCCUGAUUUUCCAGGGGCGGAGACAUCCAAGCGGCUCAGCCCCUCAGCCCAGGAGCGCCUGGGCUCGCUGCAGGAGCAGGUGGCCGCGCUCACCAGACAGAACCAGGAGCUGAUGGAGAAGGUCCAGGUCCUGGAGAACUUCGAGAAGGAUGACACUCAGCUGGCUGGGAACGGCUUGUCGGAGGUCGUCCCUCUGGUCCUCUACGACUCGCUCCGGGCUGAGUUUGACCAGCUCCGCAGGCAGCACGCCGAGGCCCUGCGAGCGCUAGAGCAGCGGGAGGCCCGGGAAAACCCCAGACACGAGGAGGACACAGACACGGGGGCCUCGGCAACCCCAAAUGGGCCACCAGACGCAAAGCUGAACGGCACCGUGGUUCCAGAAACCAGGAUUAACGGAGCUGGGAGCAGCGAUGAGGGUGCUGCAGGAAGGGAAACCGCCGGAGCUGGGACCACGGAAGCAGCAUCCGAAGAACGCGGGGUCACAGGGGCUGGGGCCACAGGGACAGAGGGUGCAGAAGCAGAGGCUGAGGGAGCCAGAGCCGCAGGGACUGAGGCCAUAGAAAUGGAGACCGGAGAAGAAGGAGAAAAUACGGCAACUGAGACCACGGGAGGUGCAGCUACGGCUUCAGAGGCCACAAGAGCCGAGGUCGCGAGGAUGCAACCGGAAGUGAAGACCAAUGCAGCUGGUACCAGGGGAGCAGAGCUCACUGCAAACAUGGAGGCCAUGGGGUCGAAGGCCACCAAUGUAGAGGCCACUGGUAUGGAGGCCAUACCCGCAAGCGUUCCUGCUGGGCCCAUCCUGCACCCUGGGGCUGCGGAGGCCUCCGAGAAGCUGCAGUCUGAGCUGGAGACCAGGAUCCGCAGCUUGGAGGAGGUGCUCCGGCAGCGGGAGCGGGAGGCGGCUGCUGAACUAGAGGCCGCUCGGGGCAAGUGUGAGGCUGCAGAGGCUGAGGCAGGCAGGCUCCGGGAGCGGGUGCGUGAAGCUGAGGGAGCUGGGACCGGUGGGGGCUGUGGCGGCGGUGGCGGUGGCGGUGGCGGUGGCGGUGGCGACACAAUCCAGCUGCGGGCGGCCCUGGAGCAGGCCCGGGAGGACCUCCGAGAGCGGGACUCCCGCCUGCGGGAGCUGGAGGCAGCUGUGUCGUGGCUGGACGAGGCCCGGGCUGGCAGGCUUCUGGCUGAGGAGGAGGCCCGGGGUCUGCGGGCAGAGCUGGCCCAGCGGGAGGAGGCACGGCUAGAGCAGAGCCGGGAGCUGGAAGUGCUCCGGGAGCAGCUGGCCAAGGCCACGGCCGCUGGGGAGCAGCACCGGGUAGCGGCUGCAGAGCUGAGCCAAGCGCGGGAUGCGUCCGAGGCCAGGGCCGCCGAGCUGGCCUCGGCCUGUGAGGAGGCGCGGCAGGGCCUGGCGGAGCUGCGCGAGGCCUCGGAGGCCCUGCGGCAAUCCUCGGUGCCCCUGUCCGAGCAUCAUCGGCUGCAGGAGGAGGCCUUGGAGCUGAGGGGCCGGGCGGCCAGUCUGGAGCAGGAGGUGGUAGCCACGGGCAAGGAGGCCGCCCGGCUGCGGGCAGAGCUGGAACGGGAGCGCGUGGGCAGCGUGGCCCUCUCUGAACACGAACGCGUGGUAGGUGCGCUGCGGGCCGACGUGGCUCGGCUGGAGGGGCAGUUGGAGGAGCUGGCCCGCCGGCAUGAGAAGACCAGCGCUGAGGUCUUCCAGGUGCAGCGGGAGGCUCUGUUCAUGAAGAGCGAACGGCACGCGGCUGAGGCCCAGCUGGCCACGGCCGAGCAGCAGCUACGGGGGCUGCGUACCGAGGCAGAAAGGGCACGCGAGGCCCAGAGCCGUGCCCAGGAAGCCCUGGACAAAGCCAAGGAGAAGGACAAGAAGAUCACAGAACUCUCCAAAGAAGUCUUCAGCCUGAAGGAGGCCUUAAAAGACCAGCCCGCCGCCCUGGCCAGCCCCGAGGUGGACGCCCUCCGCAGCCAGGUGAAGGCUUUGCAGCAGCAGAUGGCGGAUGCUGCCCGGGACCACUGUGCCGUGGUGGCUUUGUACAGGAGCCACCUGCUCUAUGCCAUCCAGGGUCAGAUGGAUGAGGAUGUGCAGCGGAUUCUCGCCCAGAUCUUGCAGAUGCAGCGGCUGCAGGCUCAGGGCCGCUGAGGACCAGUUUCUCCCAGCCCCACGGGGCCACCGUGCCUGUGGGCGUUUAGGGACCAGCCUGAGUCCCUCCCUAGCUGGCAGCAUCACCCCUUGUGGUCCCUACAUACACUCUGGUCAGGCUGGCAUUCCCUCCCUCCCCACUGGACAAUCUGUGAGUCACUAGCUCCUGCCCAUGUCUCAUCCUCAACACCAACACAGGAAUAAAACCGUACUGUGGGCCAGGUGUGGUGGCACAUGCCUGUAAUCCCUGCACUCAGGAGGCUGAGGCAUGAGGAUCACUGCAAGUUCAA